AUGUUUGUGUGUAUACAUGGAUCAUGGUCAAUGGUCGCAACUCCAUCAUUCCCCAUCAUAUGCUGCUGCAGCGGGCGAUUUUGUGAUGAGUAGUAUUAAUGAUACCGGCGGCGGCGGGGAUAGGUUUCCCCAGUGGAGUAUCCAUGAAACCCGGGAUUUGUUGAUGUUUCGGGCCGAUCUGGACCCGAAUUUCAUGGAAACCAAACGCAAGAAGCUUCUCUGGGAACUCAUCUCCACCCGGAUGAAAGAUAAGGGUCACAACAGAAACCCUUUGCAGUGCAAGUGCAAGUGGAAAAACCUCGUCACUCGCUACAAGGGAUGUGAAACGACAGAUGAAGCAGAAGUGGUGAGGCAACAGUUUCCAUUUUACAAUGAGAUGCAAACAAUAUUUUCUGCAAGAAUGCAAAGAACGAUGUGGCUGGAGGCGGGAGGGGGUGGCGGCGCCAGCAGUUCCAAGAAGAAGGGGGUGGUGCAUCAUCAGUUUUCAUCCGACGAGGAUGAUGAUCUUGAAAACGAAGACAUCAGUAUCCAAGGAGAAAAAAAGGGCCGUGGAGCAAAAAGGAAAAGGAAAACGGUGAUGAAAGGACGAACCGCAAGUAGUUGUGGAGGGGAGUUAGGAAAUUCGAUAGUUAAUGGAGUUAGGGAGAUGAUGGAGGAUUUCAUGAAACAUGAGAUGGAAAUAGAAAUUCAGUGGUUAAAAUGUAACGAAGAAAGAGAAGAGAAAAGGAGAGUGAAAGAGAUGGAAUGGAGGCAAACAAUGGAGGUACUUCAAAAUGAGAGGAUGAUGAUUGAAACAAGGUGGCGGGAAAAUGAAGAAGAAAGGAAAAUUAGAGAAGAAAUUAGGUCUGAGAAAAGGGAUGCCCUUAUUACAGCUCUUUUGAACAAGCUUAGUACAACACAAGAAGGAUCGUUUCGUUUUAAAAGUGUAAUAUUAGUAAAAUAUAUGUUGUGUGAAUAACGGCAUUUAUCAGCUUUAAAAAAAUAGUAGUAACAUUCAUU